AUGACUGCCGAUGACUCCCUUUUCUUGGGGUUCGAUCUUUCUACCCAACAAUUGAAGGUGAUUUCAACCUAUGCCAACUUGAAGCAUCACAAGACUUAUAAAGUCGAUUUUGAUGCCGAUUAUGGUGGUGUUUAUCACAUCAAAAACGGUGUCAUUUCAGUUGAAGAAACCGGUGAGAUUUGUGCCCCUGUUGCUAUGUGGAUCGAGGCUGUUGAACUCGUGUUCAAGAGAAUGGAGGAUGAUAAUUUCCCAUUUGAGAAGGUUAGAGCUAUGUCUGGUUCUUGUCAACAGCAUGGUUCCGUCUAUUGGUCCAGAGAAGCUUCAGAGCUUUUUGGGAAGUUGAGCACCUCCAAGACACUUGUUGAGCAACUUUCUCCUAAUGGAUUUACCUUCCAGAUUGCCCCCAAUUGGCAGGAUCAUUCGACUGCUCCUGAAAUUGAAGCUUUUGAAAAACAGGUCGGUGGUUCUCAGGAAUUGAGUGAUAUCACUGGCUCCCGUGCUCAUUACCGGUUCACUGGUCCCCAGAUCAGAAAAAUGGCUACCAGAAAGGACCCUGACCUUUACCAAAAGACCUACCGUAUAUCUUUAGUGUCUAGUUUCCUUUGCUCGUUGCUUUCCACUAAGCUUCAACGGCUUGAAGAAUCAGAUGCCUGUGGUAUGAACUUGUACGACAUCAAGAACUCCAGGUUUGAUGAAGAUCUUAUUGCUUUAGCUGCGGGUACCUCUCCUAAGAUUGACGGUGCUGAUGAGGCUACCAGAGCCAAGGGUGUGAAGGAUUUGAAGCAGAAAUUGGGUCCUGUACAGCCUAUCGGUUACAGGUCCGUUGGUAAUAUAGGCAAGUACUUUGUUCAGAAGUAUGGAUUCUCGCCUGACUGUAAGGUUUACCCAUUCACGGGUGAUAACAAUGCAACUAUUUUGGCUCUUCCAUUGGCUAACAAUGAUAUUUUGGUGUCUAUGGGUACUUCUACCACAGUUUUGCUUGUCACUAAUAGCUAUAAGCCAAGUGCUAGUUACCAUAUAUUCAAACAUCCGACUAUCCCAGAGCAUUACAUGGGUAUGUUGUGCUACUGUAAUGGUGCAUUAGCUAGAGAGAAGGUUAGAGAAGCUAUCAACAAAAAGUAUGGUACUCCUGCCAAUUCAUGGGAUAAGUUUGAUACUAUUUUGGAUGAAUCGAAACCUUUGAACGGCAAGCUAGAGCUCGGUAUCUACUUCCCUAAGGGAGAAAUCAUUCCAAAUGCAAAGAUUUGUGAAAGAAGAUUUCAGUACCAUCUUGAUCAGAAGGAGCUUGUAGAGCUUUCAAAGGGACAGAAGUGGUCAGUGGAGGAAGAUGUUGCUUCUAUUAUCGAGUCUCAGGCAUUAAGUUGCAGAUUACGUGCAGGUCCUAUGCUUGAGAAUACCGGUUCUGCGUUUGGUAAAGCCAAGAAGGUGAACCGUACUACUCAUUAUAAAGAGGUUGCUUCAAAGUUUUCUCAGCAUGAAUUAGCUGUUCUUGAGAAGCUUGCUGAUAGAUAUGGAGACAUCCAGUCAGAUGGUAUUUACCAGACACCGGCAGCUUUGGUGUCUAAGCCAAACAAAGUGUUCUUCGUUGGUGGCUCAUCCAAGAACUUGUCCAUUGUCAAGAAGUAUUGUGAGAUUUUCGGUGCCUUGAAAGGUAACUACCGUAUUGAUUUGAGCGAUGCAUGUGCUCUCGGUGGAUGUUACAAGUCGUUGUGGUCAUACCUGGUGGAGACUAAAGGACUAGAUCAGGUUGGCGAUUACGGUGAAUGGCUUAACGCCAAUUACAACUGGGAUGAUUAUGUUGAUCCAGUUCAGGGUACUAAGGAUCUUUGGGAUGAUUAUGUUGAUGGUGUUGGAAUUUUGAGUCUUGCUGAACAGAAGUUAGAGAGAUGA